AUGAAGCAAUUGAUACUGAUCUUCAACGUUGAAUUCGUUUUUUGUUUGGUAAAUGUAGCAGCUCACUCCGAAAGGCGCGACUUAUUACACCACGAGAUUAUUAGGAACCAUCAAAAUUAUCACUAUUAUAGCGUGGACAAUUGUGGAAAUGAAAUAAAAUUUAUCGAGAGAAAUAGCAACAGAAGCAGCAGACACUUUACUAAAGUUUUGUGCCAAAAUAAAUUCACUUUAAAGCGCAAAAGGCAUGGAUAUCAACAAUUAUACAAAAACAGGUACCUUGUACGUCAUAGUGUAAUAAAAGAGGAACGUAAUAACACCAAAUCAUCGCAUGCCAUUCAUUGGCCAGUCAAAAGGGAAGCGACCGUAGAAGGUGAUCUUAUUCUAGGAGGACUUAUGAUGGUGCAUUCUAGAGAAGAUUCUGUUACAUGUGGACCUAUUAUGCCCCAAGGUGGCAUACAAGCAUUAGAAACAAUGCUAUACACGUUAGACAAAAUCAAUAUGGAUAAUCUUGUCCCUAAUGUAACAAUUGGAGCGCACAUUUUGGACGAUUGUGAUAAAGAUACUUACGGUCUUGAAAUGGCCGUUGAUUUUAUAAAAGGAUCAAUUAGUAAUAUUGAUGACGCGACAGACUACAAUAAUUGUAGCAAAGGUCACAAAAAGAAAGUAAUAUCGGGUGUCGUCGGUGCAGCUUCUUCCGUUACAUCUAUUCAAGUCGCAAAUCUUCUACGACUUUUCAGGAUUCCGCAGGUAUCAUACUUUUCCACGAGUCCUGAGCUGAGCAAUAAACAGAGGUUUGAAUAUUUUUCUCGAACAAUUCCAUCAGACCAUUACCAAGUGAAAGCGAUAGUUGACAUCGUGCGAAAGCUAGGAUGGAGUUAUAUAUCAAUUAUUUAUGAAGAGAGUAAUUAUGGUAUCAAGGCUUUCGAAGAAUUGGAUGAACUUCUCUCAAAAUAUGGGAUCUGUAUUGCCAUCAAAGAAAAACUGGUGAAAGAUUCUGGUGUAGCUGAAAAAAUUGCGUAUGAUAACAUUGUACAAAAAUUAUUAACAAAACCCAGGGCUAAAGGUGUUAUAAUCUUUGGAUCUGAUCAAGAAGUGGCCGAAGUAAUGAGAGCGGUGAGGCGUCAAAAUGUCACUGGAGUAUUUUCAUGGAUCGGUUCAGAUGGGUGGAGUGCUAGAAAUUUAGUAUCUGAUGGAAAUGAAGCAGAAGUCGAAGGAACUUUAUCCGUGCAGCCACAAGCUAACUCUGUGAUCGGGUUUGAGGAAUAUUUUCUCAACCUUACUGUUGCAAAUAAUCGCCGAAAUCCUUGGUUCGUAGAAUUUUGGGAAGAUCAUUUUCAAUGCAAAUAUCCUGGCUCACCUUUAACACCAUAUAACGUAAUGUAUACCAAAACAUGUUCAACAACUGAACAACUGUCAAGACAUUCGCUUGAUUUCGAGGACCAGCUGCAAUUCGUUAGCGAUGCGGUAAUGUCUUUUGGGUAUGCAAUUAAAAAUAUGCAUAGAGAGAUGUGCAAUGGCCAGCCGGGAUUAUGUGAUGAUAUGAAACCAACAAAAGGAGCGGAUCUUUUAAAAUAUCUUCGGAAAGCCGAUUUUGUUGGUUUAAGUGGCGACAGAUUUAAUUUCGACGCUAACGGUGAUGGACCAGCACGCUACAAUAUCAUUCACUUCAAGCAGGUGGAACCAGAAAGAUAUACAUGGAUUAAAGUUGGUGAAUAUUACCAAGGAGAAUUACGCCUAAACAUGGAAGAUAUUCAAUUUGGUAUUAAAAACCCAACUGCUCCUGAAUCCGUUUGUAGCAGACCAUGUGAAAGGGGACAGGCGAAAAAAUACGUGGAAGGCGAAGGUUGCUGUUGGCAUUGCUUCAACUGUUCGCAGUAUCAGAUUCAAAAUCCAACUGAUGAAACACAUUGUAUAAACUGUCCUAGAGGAACUAUACCCGAUUUAUACCAUGAAGCAUGUCAACAUAUUCCGGAGGAUUAUCUAAAGCCAGAAUCGCCAUAUGCAAUUGGAGCAAUGUCAUUCAGUACUUUGGGAAUACUCUUGACGCUUUUCGUAGUUGGAGUCUUUUUAAAAAAUAAUGACACUCCCGUUGUGCGUGCAUCAGGAAGAGAACUGAGCUAUGUACUUCUCAGUGGCAUUCUCCUAUGUUACGGCGUCACCUACGCAUUGGUAUUUAAACCAAAUGAUAUAGUUUGUGGCGUUCAGCGUUUCUGGUCGGGAUUCUCGUUCACCGUAAUAUACGCUGCACUUCUCACCAAAACUAAUAGAAUAGCUCGGAUAUUCAAUGCGAGUACUAAGUCGGCAAAGCGUCCUUCAUUUAUUAGUCCCCACUCACAGCUUGUUAUAUGUGGGAUCCUGAUAUCUUUUCAGAUUCUUAUUAACGCAGUAUGGAUGGUUGUGUCACCAGCGCAUGCAAUGCAUCAUUAUCCCACUAGAGAGGAUAAUCUACUCGUUUGCAAUUCCUAUACUGAUGCAUCCUACAUGAUUGCUUUUUUUUAUCCAAUAUUUCUGAUCAUUGUAUGUACUGUUUAUGCUGUUCUUACGCGUAAGACUCCAGAGGCUUUCAACGAAUCUAAGUAUAUAGGUUUUACCAUGUACACGACGUGCGUGAUAUGGCUAGCGUUCAUUCCAUUAUAUUUUGGAACAGGAAACAAUGUUCAACUUCGCAUUACAUCGAUGUCGGUUACGAUAAGUUUAUCGGCAACAGUUACACUGGCUUGCUUGUUUUCACCUAAGCUGUACAUUAUUCUAAUCCGACCAGAGCGCAACAUAAGGCAAAGCAUGAUGCCUAUUCGAUACAGUACCAUAAACAAAACGACAGGGUCAGCGCAAUCAUCGAUGAUGGCAGCUGUUAUUGUUACAGCGGCAACUUGCAAUGAAAAUGAAAAGGUGAUAAAAAAUGUUUCAAACGAAAACAUUGCCGCUAGUUAUUAG